ACCGGCCACCGAUUCUGGGCACGAUGAGACCUGGAGAGGAACGACCUGUGGAAGGGGGAGCCUGCGGCGGCGCCUCCGACUUGGAACUGCUGAAGCUGCGCGCGGCGGAGAGCAUCGACGAGGCGGCCGAGCGCCUGGGCGCCUUGAGCCGCGCCAUCUGGAGCGAGCCCGAGCUGGCCUACGAGGAGCACCAUGCCCACGGCGUGCUGACGCGCUUCUUCCAGGGCGAGCCACCGGCCGCCUCUUGGACGGUGCAGCCGCACUACCAGCUGGCCACCGCCUUCCGCGCCGAGUGGGAGCCGCCGGGGGUCCGGACGGCGCCGAGGCCGCUGCACCUGGGCUUUCUGUGCGAGUACGACGCGCUGCCUGGCAUCGGGCACGCCUGCGGCCACAACUUAAUCGCCGAGGUCGGGGCGGCGGCGGCGCUGGGCGUGAAGGGGGCUCUGGAGGGCCUCCCCGGGCCGCCUCCGCCAGUAAAGGUAAUUGUUCUGGGAACCCCUGCAGAAGAAGAUGGUGGUGGCAAAAUUGAUUUAAUUGAAGCAGGGGCUUUUAAAAAUCUUGAUGUUGUUUUUAUGGCCCAUCCAUCCCAAGAGAAUGCUGCUUAUCUCCCUGAUGUGGCUGAACAUGAUGUGACUGUGAAAUAUUAUGGAAAAGCAUCUCAUGCUGCUGCUUAUCCCUGGGAGGGAGUGAACGCAUUAGAUGCUGCUGUUCUCGCCUAUAACAAUUUGUCUGUGUUAAGACAGCAAAUGAAACCAACCUGGAGAGUUCAUGGUAUAAUAAAAAAUGGUGGUGUAAAACCCAAUAUAAUUCCCUCUUAUUCUGAAUUAAUCUAUUACGUCCGUGCACCCUCAAUGAAAGAACUUCCAGUUUUGAUCAAAAAGACAGAAGAUUGCUUCAGAGCUGCAGCUUUGGCUACUGGGUGCACAGUAGAAAUUAAAGGUGGAGCACAUGAUUAUUACAAUGUCCUUCCCAAUAAGAGCUUAUGGAAAGCUUAUAUUGAAAAUGGGGAAAAGCUGGGAAUAGAUUUCAUUUCAGAAAAUGAUGCAGUUUUGAAUGGCUCUUCAGGAUCUACUGAUUUUGGAAAUGUUAGUUUUGUCGUUCCUGGAAUUCACCCAUAUUUCUACAUUGGCUCUGAUGCCUUGAAUCAUACAGAAGAAUAUACUGAAGCUGCUGGAUCACAAGAAGCUCAAUUCUAUACUUUGCGUACAGCCAAAGCACUGGCAAUGACUGCGUUGGAUGUUAUUUUUAAACCAGAGUUGCUGGAAAGAAUCAGAGAGGACUUUAAAUCAAAACUUCAAGAAGAAGAGUUUUUAAAUAGAGUAGAAUAAAAGGAAGAUUUAGGAGCCACUUAUGGAUCAUUAAGAAGAAAUUAUGAUUUAUUUUCUGUAAUCUUUUUUGAUGAAGGAGGAGGGCAUGCUUGUUUUUCAAUCUUAGAGGAGUAAAAUCUCUCUUACCUAAAAAGUGAGGACCUGGUGUGGUGAAAACACAUCAACUCUUAGGUAAAUUAAAAUUUUCACAAGUUUAUAUUUGAUGGAAUUGUGAUCUUUCAGGAGCUGGUAUGUGGUUGCAUUUCUUAAACAACUUGGAUGAUACACGGUUUAUCAGUGAUAAUAGUUUAUAAAUCCAUAUGUUGUGUAAGUACAUUUCAAAAGAUCAUAGGGGCUUCAAAACUUAUAUUCAGAAUUUGACACAUGAAAGAUUUUUUUCUGGUAUAGGGUGGUAAAAUUGUUCUAUAAAGUAUUUUUAAAAUUCAAGUUCUAAAUUUGGGGGAAGUUCACUUUGAUGUCUGACUGUGUUUUGGUUUAGAGGCUGUUUUCAUUAAUAAUAAAAGUAGGUUUUUAAUCAGAAAUGCUGUGGGAAACAACCAGAAAUUCAGUACAAAGAAUAAGCUUUGGUUUUACCAUU